AUGAUCGAUGCUCUUCGUCCGGAUGGAAAUCUUGCUCACACGCCGAAUUGUAUUGCAUGUCUCAACAACUCAUUAGCAUUAACCACCUCAUUUUGUACAUUCCCAUAUCCUUGUAAUGAGCCUCGACCCAUUUCCCGGUCCACAAUAUCUGCCUCGAUUAUGAACCUCGACCGGGAUUUCAAGAAGAUGCUUGGAAUACUGACCCCAAGAACGGAAAACUCUGGACGCACGUGUAGUGACUCGAGCUAUAUGCCACGACCACAGUCCGCCGAUAUCGCCGAUGUUCAGAAAAAGACAGGAUCCUAUUCGAUGAGCAGUGGUACGGUACACGCCUCGGAGUCGAUGGAUCCAUCCGCACGAACGUCUGCUUCUGCGUCUGCUUCUGCGUCUGCGUCUGCUUCUGCUUCUGCUUCUGCUUCUGCUUCUGCUUCUGCUUCUGCUUCUGCUUCUGCUUCAGCCUCAUGCCUUCCAAGCACGUCGCAUGCGUCAGCUAGUUCUCUGUCAGUCUCCAAACAGGUACCAAAACAUGCAAAUUCGAUGACGUCCAGUAAGGCAGUGGCGCCAACCUUGGCUGUCGAGAGCAGACGGCAAGACCAUGAUAUACCACGCUUAACAAAGACCCCGUGGGAAGUCGAACGAUACAAAAGAAACUCUGCACGGAGACGUUCUAGGCCAGGUCAAUUCCCUGCAUACAUCUUCAAGAAGCUACCUAAAGAGGUGUACGAUUGCAUUGUAGCCCAAUUGGAGCGAAUUCAUCUCCAACAUGAUCAGGCAUGUCCGACAUCUUAUCUGAAAGAUCUCCACAGUCUUUCACUUACAAGCCGAUCGUGGGAUAGGGCGGCUACCCCUCAGAUGUAUCGAAAAGUGUAUGUCGUUGGGCGUGACAGUUGUUCACAAUCACCGAAGCUCAAGGUCAAAGAGCCCGUUAGGUUGAAGAUGCUUAGGAAGACAAUACGAGAACGUCAUUUCUUAGCUCGACAAGUCUGUGAGUUGCACUUGCCGGACUUCCAGACAUUGUAUCAACAAGCAAGCAUCGAACGCGAAGGAAUCGUCAACCUCGUUGCGUCUCUGGUCAUGGCGUGUCCUUCCUUAGAGAGACUCGUGGGGUUCUACGUCCCACUCUCACAGUCUUUCGAUCGCCUUUCGUAUGCCCUGGCGACAAGAAUGCGACUGAAAGAGCGUGUGUGGUUGCUCUCCGAAUCAGAACAUGACUAUUGGGAUGGGGAAGAUGAGGAGGAAGUCAAAAACCAUUACUCGGCAGCACACGAUCCGACAGAGCGCUUUCUAGCCCUCAAUUCCGGACACCCUUUGCUGACCACCUUGGUGCUGCAUCAGGCUUCCGACGAAUUUGCCAUGACUUUGAACUUUCGUGCGAUCAUUGGAACGCUUCGACAGCUUCCCAUGCUACAGCACCUUUCAAUCUCUGGUUUGCCAGCUAUGUCCUUCACAAACCUCGCCCUGAACGCCCUUCCACCAAGACUUCAGUCGUUGCGUCUCGAGAAUCUCCCUGGAAUCAACGAUAAGGGCCUGCAACGUCUCGCAAGCUCACAUCUCUCGGCCUCCAUGGAAAAAUUGACGCUCAUCAACCUUGAACUAUCUAGUAUAGUGACGAUCACAACGAUUCUAUCCCAGCAUCUCAGCAAGCUCAAGCACUUCGCACUAGUUCAGUACAGAACCCCCGAUCUGGGUUCGCAUACAUCAAUACCAGAUCUCUAUUGCCCUUCUCUGGAAUUCAUACAUUUCGAAUUCCGAUCACAGUCUGGACCAGCUAUCGACCCCUUCUCACCCAAACUUCGAGAAUCCAUGGAAUUUCCGUUCGUCAACUCGGAGCCGAUCUCGUGUCUUGCAACAUCACUACUGGCAACCAACAUAAAAAAAGGCACUUUUCCAACUCUACGCAGGGUACGCAUACCUCAUGAUCCUCAGGGAAAGAUCCAGGCUCUCUGCCAGCCCCGCGCAACCGCACUUCUCCCAUCAGACACCUCCCUCUAUGUAAAACCUCUGCAAAAGACCGGAUCCUACAGAUUCUCAAUCAUGGUCAAAGCGCACGAAUCAGAUCCUCAAUCCCCCAACAUUCGAGAAAGCUCGUCCAUCGUACCGCUCAGUUCUCGCACUGACUCUGCGUUUGGUUCCCCAGUAUUUGAUAGCGGCCCAUCUUCCUCCGCUCUCACACCUUCAAAGACUCGUCUCGCAGCUCAAGCUCGCAUUCUUGCAGCUCGCAAAAGACCCUCCACAGCCGUGCGCGUAUAUGAUCCGGAGGGGGAGGUCCGCAUCGAUACUGCGAUUGGUGGAUUCCUUGGAGAUAUCAAGAGCAACAUAAUAUACGACCUCAAACCUGACAAAAGCCGAUGGCCUGGUAACCGUGACCAGAGCGGUCCACCUCAGUCCGAGUGGAUUGUUGGCAUUGAAGAUCUGGUGGAUGAGCGCACGCCUCCGAGCGGAAGGUCGCGUGAACGAUCUUGGGGCAACUGCGGACACUUGGUUGGUGGCAGGGUGGGAUGUAAUACUGUGAGAGUGGAAGAACUGUUCUGA